AUGUUGAGAAAGUUAAUACUUCCCAGAACCAUGGUAGUCACUAGGAAGCAAACAUUAACCACCGUCACAGUAAAGGAGGAUCCUACCUCGCCGGUGAAGGUCAAAAAGACAAAAAAAACCACCGUUACCGUCAAAAAACCGUAUCUUGAAGAUGCAAUUCUGUUCAUCAAAGUUCCCGAAAAUUUGGAAUUGCCCAAAGAUUUCGUCGAAUACCAUACGAAAGACUUCAUUGAGGCAGCUAGACAUAUAAUCAAAAAGGAUCCUUCUUUAUAUCGUUCGAUAGUAUACAAAACGUUUCCUCACUACAAAAAGGAAGGCAGUGAAAUUGUCAAGAGUGAUCAAGAACUAAUACUCAGCUACUGGCACUCGCUUAUAUCGAGCGUGGUGAGUCAGCAGAUAUCGGGCCUGGCAGCAAGGUCCAUCAUGAACAAGUUUGAAGCUCUUUUUGAUGGAGAACCAACCCCGCUGAAAACGCUCACUUUUACCUUUGAUGAGCUAAGAGAAGUGGGACUUUCCAGGAUGAAAAUAUCCUAUGUUCAAAGCAUCAGCGAGGCAUUUUCGGAUCCCAAUUCAAACCUUUGUAAGGUGCUGUUUUACAGGGACGCACCAUUGGAAGAAGUUGUGAAGGAAUUAGUUUCGUUGAAAGGAAUAGGAGAAUGGUCAGCUAAAAUGUUUGCACUUUUCACCUUGAAUGAGUGGGAUGUGUUUGCUCACGAUGACUUGGGAGUAGCAAGGGGCAUGGCUCGUUAUCUUACUAAAAGACCAGAGCUUUUGAAACAAAUUAAAGAAGAGGUUCAACAGAACGAAGAAAUGAAGGCACUUUUAAAGAAAAAACCAAAGUUCGCUACUACAAAACAGAGAGAUUGGGUACCACUCCACGACCAGUACUUGAUACAAGGAGCAAGAAAAUUCAGCCCGUACAUGCUGGUGUUCAUGUUGUUAAUGUGGAGAUUAUCUGCUACCAAUAUCGAUGUUCUCGAAGCAGCUAAGUCUGAACAGUGA